AUGGCUAACUCUAAAUUUGGAUACGUGAGGCAAUUUGAAACGCACGAUGUUAUUUUGCCUCAGUGUUAUAUUGUGGUAAGAAUAGAUGGCAAGAAGUUUCAUGAAUUUUCCACGUUCUACGAGUUUGCCAAGCCAAACGAUGAAAACGCUUUGAAGUUGAUGAAUGCCUGUGCAAAGAACCUUUUGCUUAAGUACAAAAAUGAUACUAUAUUGGCCUUCGGGGAAAGUGACGAAUAUUCAUUUAUUUUGAAGUCAGAUACAGCUUUAUUCAACAGAAGAAAAGAUAAGCUUGCAACUUUAUUCGGUUCUUUUUUUACAUCCAAUUAUGUCGCAUUAUGGACCAAAUUUUUCCCGGACAAGCCGUUGGAUAUCAAGCAUUUACCAUACUUCGAUUCAAGGUGUGUAGCGUACCCUAAUUUACAAACGAUAAAGGAUUAUCUAUCCUGGAGAUAUGUCGAUACUCAUAUAAACAAUCUUUAUAAUACAACGUUUUGGCAAUUGAUAAUAAAGUGUGGUUUAACUCCCCAGGAAUCCGAGAAGAAACUAUGUGGAACAUUUAGUAGUGAUAAACAGGAAAUACUGUUUUCUGAAUGUGGAAUAAACUACAAUAAUGAACCUGAAAUGUUUAAAAAGGGCUCAUUAGUAACUAGGAAAGGAGAGAUCCUUCAUAUCAACGUCAUCGCACAGAUAGAUGAGUUGUUCGAGGGCUAUUAA